AUGUAUUAUCUGACGAAAGGAAUCGAAACGCCCGUCAUGUUCAUAAAUCCAUCACAGGAAUUUACUGAUAUGCUGGAAACGAUGAGAAAUGUGUUGACCGAUGGACAUAAGAAUUCCCGGUUCAAUGAUGCUGAUAUGCCAUCGGUUGGACAACUUCAAAAGCCUGAGAAACGAGCGGAAUGGGAUGAGGUUUACAAGAAGGAGAGUCAGCCGAAUUCGCACAAUCAACAGAAAGGAGAACGCAAUAAUGGAGGUUAUCAGAGGAAUAUGAGGAAUGGAAGACGUGAAGAUUAUCGAAAGGAUUUCAAUGAGCGAUCAUCGAAUCAUCGACAGAAUGAUUACAAUGAUCAUCGUAGAUGGAAUCAGAAUUUUGGUCAAAGUUCCCAUUUUCGAGAGCCACAAGAGCAUUAUGGUGAUCAGAAUACGUUCUAUGGAGGCGAUGCGAACUCGCGUUUUUCUCAUCAGUAUGAGGAUAACAGGAAAUGCAAGCAACAGCGAAAUAAUGGACGACAAUGGAAAAAUUAUUGUGACGAAGAGCCUUAUGAUGAUGUGAUGCAAAGAUUGAGCAUUGAGCAGGCGCCGAGCACAUCGAGAAAUCGCGGUUUUGCUUAUGAAAAUUCGGUGCAACCAAAUUAUGAGCAAAAUCGCCAUCAGCACUUCCAGCAGCCAUUUUAUCCAAGGGAGAAUCGUUCGAAUCGAAAUUUCAAUCGUUCGCGCCCACAAUAUGAACACCGAAAAGAAUAUCACAAUAAUGCGGAUCGCCGACAGUAUUUCCAAAGCACUGAAAAUGUGGCCAUCAAAGAAACACCAUACGAUGAGAGAUAUGAAAGAGAAUUGGAAAUUCUUCAAAAUUGCAGCCAUGAAAAUAUUGUGCAAUUAAUGGGAAGCCAUCAAGCACCGAAAUCAAGUGACCGCAUUCUGGAAAUGGAAUAUGUCGACUCGAAUCUUGAGUUUUUGAUCCAAGACAAAUGUUUGGAUCAAGAAAUGAUCCGGCAUUUUAUGUUUCAGAUUUUAAACGGUUUGGAGUAUUUACAUAGCUUGGAUAUUAUGCAUAGAGAUAUUAAGCCCGAAAACCUGCUAAUUCAUCGAGAAACGGGAAAUUUGAAAAUUUGCGACUUUAACAUUUCGCGAAAAUUCGUCGAAAAUGUGGAAAUGACCCCUCAAACGGUCACAUUAUUUUAUCGGCCAAUCGAAGUUUUGCUGGAUUGUAAAUCAUACACACCAGCUAUCGACAUAUGGUCAACAGCUUGUGUAUUCGCCGAAAUGUACACUUGCAAUCCGAUAUUUCAAGGAUUCUCCGAAGUUGCCGUGAUUUGCGCGAUUAUUGAUGUGCUGGGAACUCCGAAUACUUCCAAUUGGCCGGAAAUAGACACAAUGCCUUCUAUGGAGUUUAUAACGCUUAAAGAACAACCUGAGAAUAGAUUACAGAAAACUGUCUCGGAGGCACCACCAGUCGCCAUUGAUUUGAUGCUCAAAAUGCUUCGAUUCGACCCGAAACAACGGAUUCGAGCGGCCGAUGCGAAAACACACGAAUUCUUCUCAUCUCCCAAUUGA